UCCGUCCUCCCUGCUGGGGCUGACGGGGGGCUGUUCCCUGGCCCACGUGCCCAUCUGACAUCCACUCCAGUGUCACCUGGCAGGGACAGCUGGGCAGGGGAGAUUCCAGGGGUCUGAGCUCUGUUCCCCUUUACAGCCCCGGGUGUCACCCCACCCACCCCUCUCCCUCCCAUCUUUGUGGCACCCAUGGGAUACAGCACCCGAAUGUGGCCCUGGGCCCUACACGUGCCCAGGAGAGUGACGUGUCCUCAUCUGUCCCUCCUCUGCUCAAUCCCAGGCAUUGGUGCCCAGUGUAUUAACUGUCCCGGCACGAGGUGCACUGGCCUCAUCUUACAAAUAGGGAAAGUGAAGACUGGAGUGGCUAAGCAAUGUUCCUGGCACUGGGAACAGCUGCGUUCUCUGUCUGCCGGCCCUGCUGCCUCUAUGCAUGCGGUAGGGAGACCAGGUGGCCAUGGGGUUGUUCUGGAUGCUCCGAACCUGAGAUCAUCUUCCAAAGCAGCAUGGAGCUACCACGAGCAUCCCGGCUGCCCAGGGUGGGUGGCAUGGGCUCAGGACCCACAGGGCUACCACACACCCUGGCACUGCUCCAUCCAGGCUCUAGACCAGCUCUACAGGCCCUGCAUGCCCCAGGUCCCUGUGCCCAGUAUGAGGGUCCCAGGCAGCCAGGUGGGGAGGGGGCAUGUGUUGCUUUAAGAGCAUGCAGGAGGUGAGCCAGGGGCACCAGAAAGCAGCAGGGUGAGCUCAUGGCAAAGCUGCCCCAGUCAUGUGGAGCAGGCACAGCUGUUGGUGCCCUUGGGCAGUGGGACGGAGGGGCCGGAGGCAUAAAGCCCCACCGCCAGCGGAGUUGCUGGGGCCAGGAACUCUGUGCCUGCAGUGAGGAGGAGAGGCUGCGUAUUGCAAGGGCACCCCAGUGGGGCUGAACAUCAGGCAGACAUGGAAUUGGAUGGGGAAAAAGGCAAGGAGUUAGAGGUGGAACAGAUCACAGAGCUGGAUGUGGAAAAAGCCAAGGAGCUCAUUGACCAGAAGCUGGCGGAGGAGGAGGAGGAGGAGAAGAGGCUGAAAGGUGAUGGCCCACGGGAGCCGCUGGCUGUGGAGCGGAUGAGCACGCCAGAGCUGGAGGAGGAGAAACGCCAAGGCCCUCGGAACCGCGGCAUCGAGGCCAUCAAGGGCCAGGAGCGGGUGCGGAGGAGCUCGGUGGACCUGCGGAGGGAGAUCAUUGAUGUGGGCAGCAUUCAGCGGCUCAUUGAGCUUCGCAAGCAACGCCGCAAGCGCAGGGAGGAGCGGGCGGCCACCCCAGAGCCCACCCCACCGCCAGAGCCCCAGGAGAUUGAGGGUCCCGUGGAGCCGGAGGACUUCCUGCGAGCCGCUGUGCAGGGCAAGAUCCGUGUCAUUGAGAAGUUUCUGGCAGAUGGUGGCCCCCCGGACACGUGUGAUGAGUUCCACCGUACGGCCCUGCACCGCUCCUCACUGGAGGGACACAUGGACAUCCUGCAAAAGCUGCUGGACAGCGGGGCCACCGUCGACUUCAGGGACCGGCUGGACAGCACCGCUGUGCACUGGGCCUGCCGGGGGGGGAACCUGGACGCCGUGAAGCUGCUGCAGGACCGGGGGGCAGACCUCAACCUGAAGGACAAGCUGCUCAGCACCCCCCUCCACGUGGCCACCCGCACCGGGCACCUCGAUAUUGUGGAGCACCUCAUCCACUGCGGAGUGGACAUCAACUCCCCAGACAGGGUGAGUGCAACACCCAGGUGCGCACUGUCCCCAUGUCCCCUUGGGGAUGCGGUGCACAGAGCCAGGCUGCAUCUCUUGCAGGAAGGUGACACAGCGCUCCACGAUGCCACGCGGCUUAGCCGCUACAAGAUCAUCAAAAUGCUGAUCCUGCACGGGGCUGACAUGAUGGCCAGGAACCUGGCUGGCAAGACCCCAACGGACCUGGUUCAGCAGUGGCAGGUAGACACGCGCCAGGCACUGGAGAGCAAGGAGCGGCUGCAGGGGGAGACUGAGGUCGUGGCGUGAUGGCACCGGUCAGGGACCAGCUCUGGACUUGGCUCCAAGGAGCAAGAUCCAGCUGAGACUCAUCCGUAUCAAUAAAACCAGCAAAGAGGA